ACGUGACAGACGGAGGAGGAAGCCACGAACAUGGGAACAAGACGACUACUGUUGAUCUCCAACUCCACGCUACACGGAAGUGGUUAUCUCGAACACUGUAGCGCCCUUAUAAAAACAUUUCUGAAAGAUGUGAAGCGGGUUUUGUUUGUGCCCUAUGCUCUACAUGAUAGAGAUGGAUAUGCCAAAAUUGCACGGGAGGCCUUCAAUGAAAUGGGAUAUGAAUUGGACAGUAUCCACACUCAGCCCAGCGCAGUAGAGGCGGUGAAAAAAGCUGAAGCGGUUUUUAUUGGAGGAGGUAAUACAUUCCGUCUGCUCGACACCUUGUACAAGGAGGGAGUGCUGGAGGAGAUAAGACGUAGGGUUGAACAGGAUGGUGUACCAUACAUUGGGUCAAGCGCUGGGAGUAACGUGGCCACCUGUAGCAUUAAUACUACAAACGACAUGCCAAUAGUAUACCCACCAAGCUUCUCUGCUUUAAACCUUGUCCCCUUCAACAUCAAUGCCCACUAUAUUGAGCCAGCACCUGGCAGCACACACAUGGGGGAAACCCGUGAGGCUAGAAUCAAACAGUAUCAUGAAUAUCCAGACACACCUCCAGUACUGGGGUUGAGAGAGGGCUGCGUACUGUUGGUGGAAGGAGACAAAGCCACACUGAUGGGGAAAAAUGGGGCAAAGCUUUUCGUAAGGGACACAGAACCAAAAGAGAUAGACCUGGGGGCUGACCUCUCCUUCCUUCUAUAAGAACAGCAAAAUGGAUGAAGAUGCUGAAGUUAAGCCCUGACCUGUGAAAUAUUGUGGGAGAUACAUGUAAAUGUAAAGAGACAUAUUUACAAAUUCUGUGGUUUGAAAUUUAUUUUUUUAGUCAGCUGAUAUUAGUGGACAAUACAAGCCUCAAAUAACUAGUGUAGGACAAUCAAAUCAUAACCUUUAUACUGUAGGACAAUCAAACCAUAUUCUUAUCUUGUUCAAUAUCUUGAAAAAAACAUUUGUGAACAUUUUUUGUUGUGAGAAAAAAGUUGAAAAUACUUGGUAGCCAAGGAACUGUGGAGCAAAACUUUCUGGAAAUAUCAAUAAAUGAAUUUAAUGCUGCCCAAAAA